AUGACUGUCAGUUACAACUUCGAUGCCCUAACGAGCACAUGGAUGGGUGGGAUUCGUAUUUUACUGCGAUGGAAAGGCAGUAUCUGGAAGAGGGUCUACAAAGAGUUGAUCUUUUGGUUUGUAAUAUAUGCCUUGAUCAAUGUUGCUAUCAAUAUGUGCUCUGCAUUCCACAAAGAUAUCUUCACAGUGAUUAGAGGAGAAGUUCGAAAGGGUUGUGUUGGGCUACCUCACAUAUUCAUAUUGGGAUUCUUCAUGAAUGUGGUCUUCAAUCGAUGGGUCAACAUCUUUGCUAAAAUUGGGUUUGUGGAUCAGUAAGUAAUUUUAUUUUGUAUUAGUAGUGAUUGGAGAGUAAUCUGGGUUAUUAUCAGUGCUGGGAUGGGAAUUUAGCUAGGAGCGGGUUAAAUUUUUUUAAGAUUGACUGAUAAGAUUACUUUGAAUUUAUUUUUUUAUCUUUUAAGGGCGAGAGGGCUUUAUCUUUCUUGGUUAUCUUCUUCCUUUUUGCUGUACGGUCAAACUAAUGUACAACCAAUUUAUCUACAUAUAAUAGAUCUGUAAAAGAUUCUUGUUUGAGCCGCGGCUCUUUCAAUAUACAGGGGUUAUAUGUUAUCUAACCUCCAAAGUAAUACAACAAAUUUAAGUUUUGCACUAGUAAUCGAAAGCAACAUCCGAGGAUCAGACAUAGAAACGCGGAUUCUUCGUCGCACUUUGGUCCGUUACCUUGUGUUAGCUCAGACCCUGAUCUUUCGCGACAUUUCCAUUCCGGUCAAGAAGCGAUUCCCGAAUCUGGCAUCGAUAGUCGAUGCUGGAUUGAUGACCGACGAUGAGUUGUGUAUAUUCGAAUCAAAGGAUGUAGAUCGGUAUUAUAUGCCGUUUCAAUGGAGUUUGAGGCUGAUCAAUCAGGCUAGACUGAAGGAGAAGAUUCUUUCUGAUGUCAUUGCUUUUCAUAUGACUACGGUAAGAUUGGGUUUGUGGUUUUAUAGUCAAAUUAAACAAACAAUGGCAUUUUUGAGGGGUAAAAUGUGAUUGGGACGGGGCGGGGUAAAAGUAGUUAUAAAGGGGAGGAUUUUCAGAUUUUUUAAAAAUUAAAAUUUUUUUUUGAUUUUUAGUAAUGUAAACUAAUAAAAUAGGUAACAAAAUUUUAAAAAAUAAUUUUUAGAAGCUUCGCGAAUUCCGUGACACAAUAAGUCAUUUACUGAUAUACGACUGGAUCCCUGUGCCUAUAGCAUACCCUCAGAUCAUCUUUAUCGCAGUCAGAAUAUACCUUUGUAUGCUGAUGAUUGGGCGACAAGUUUUGGAGGGAGAAACGGUAAAUUUUAGUUUAAAAUUAAAAAAUUUUUUAUUUUUUUUGGAAGGUAAGACAAUAUAAUUCUAAAUCUUUGUUUAUAAUUUUGAUUUUUAAAAGUGCAUGUCUUCAGGCCAUUCAAACCGACGACAAAUACCUAAAACAACUUUUCCAAUUCCCAGUAAUGACAUUUGUGGAGGUAUUCCUAUUGGUCGGAUGGACCAAAGUCGCUGAAAGUAUGUUAAACCCCUUUGGCGACAACGACGAUGACUACGACUGUUCCUAUAUCAUCGACCGUAACCUGAGCACCGGAUAUGCCAUAGUAGAUGCUGUCGAGUACCCUCCAUCCAACCAAGACCCCUUCUGGAACAUUCCAUCGCCGAAUCCAUUUGAUAUUGUAUCAAAAAGACCAUCGCUAAAGUCCCAGCCUUAUCAUGGCAGUGUUGCGGAUCUGGUGGUGAAGAACGACAAGUCGAGUUUGAGUCGGAUCAGUACGUUGAGGAGGCGGUCGAUCAACAAGAGGAUUAGCAUGGCUAGCCAGCAAGAGCCCUCGGUCUAUGUUGUGGAUGGGGAUUAUCGCAAAAGGUGGGUCAUGGUUAAUAUAAAUUAGUAGCAUGGUUAAUAUAUAUGGUUGUUCAAUUAAUUCAGUGCUCUUUUUCAAAGCAAAUUUUGGCGGUUUAGGGGGCGCAGAAUUAUGUGAACAACCUAAAACUUGCUAUUGUGGUUAAUUUAACUUGGUGUCAUGGUUAAUAUCAGUCUUUCCACUAAAGAAUUACACAAAAUCGCAAACCCCAAUCUGGAGAAAUCGCUGUCGCGCCGAGAAUUGGGGGACGUCGCGCGACAUACAGCGAGUCGUGCGACAUUCGCUUGGGUCCUGCGACAUUGAAAGAGGAAUCGCAAUGUCGCAGGGUGCAAAGCUUUGCGACAAACUGUCGCGUCGCGAUUUGAAAGGCGAUGCGACAGCGUGUCGCGGUUGCCGCAACGCUCAAGCCACCACUGUGAUCAGUGGAAGGUUUGCGACAAGAUUUUUUGAUUGUCGCAAGUCCCCUGACUCCUGCGACAACCGACCAGUGCGACAAUUAGGGGCUUGCACUGUGCAUUCUUUCUCUUAUCGUUUGGGCUUGUAAGCGAUCGCGGGGGGAUCUGCACUGUGCAGUAGAAUAAAAAAGGGCGCGAUUUUCCCAGUGACUGCACUGUGCAGUUGUGAAAUUCUUUAGUGGAACGACUGAUAUUACUUUGUCGUUUGAAUUUAGUGCUGCCCCAAUACCUUUGUCGCAACGUAAAAUACCGAUUCUGAAUGACGAUGCCUACUUUAACACUCUAAGAACUCGAUUGGACAGUGUGACUGAAGAAAGCUCGAGAAACAAUAGCCUAAAUGAGGCUUCCAAGGCUUCUGACAUUUCUGAAUCUUAA